AGUUUGCCAUUCUACUGGGUACUAGUCUAUUUUAUAAGUAAAAAAGUAAACAAAAGAAUGGAAGACAACUUGGAUUUUCAAAAAAUCUGCAGAGUCUGUCUAAAUGAAGGUGUUAUGAUGUCGAUAUUUAAAGUUAAUAUUUCAAAGAAACUGAUGGCUUGCGCGAAUGUGCAGGUUUGGCAAAAUGAUAAUCUACCAGCGCAAAUAUGUCAAAAAUGUUCAGCUAAACUUCAUAUAUCAUUUCAGUUCAAAAAAUUGUGCGAAAAAUCAGAUGGUAAAUUACGUCAAUACUUAAACAAAGUAUCAGAAAGAAGAGAAGAACAACAGUCUCAACCAUUACAACAAAUCGAAAAAGAACCGACAACAAAUAUUUCUUCUCAGUAUACACAAAGCAUACCUGAAAAUAGUUGUGCUUAUAUAGAAUGUAACACUUUAAUAGACAAUGUUUCUCAAAAUAAUUUCAUACCUGUUAGUCAACCCGAACCACAACAAAUGACACAAAUGGAAUAUUCUCAAUUAGCUGGUUACAAUGUGGAUAGUGUGGGUCAAGUACAAGUUUAUAAUGGCAAUUACAACAUGCCUUUAGAUCACACUGCUGUUUUACACAACCAAGAAAUUCAACCUAUUGCGAUGGAUCCUCAAGCACAGCCUCAACAACAAGUCCAAUAUAUUGAUCAGACACAACAACAACAACAACAACCAGAACAACAACUUGCUACCCAUCCAACCUGUGACAUUGUAAAAGAAGAUAAAACCAAAUCCAAACACAAGCCAACUGAUGUAGCAAAACAAUGCCAGAUAUGUAAUAAAGUUUUUUCGACAGCAACAAAACUCACAAGGCACAUGAAAACCCAUGCAUCAGAUAUGCCCUAUAAAUGUAAGACUUGUAAUAAAGGCUUUGCGCACAGUGGAAAUUUUAAAAUACAUUUACGUAUGCACACUGGAGAAAGACCUUUUAGAUGUGUGGUUUGUGACAAGGGAUGUAGGCAAGCACAGGAUUUGGAGAAACACAUGAGAACACAUACAGGUGAAAGGCCGCAUAAAUGUUUAAUGUGUCCGAAAGCUUUCUCAACAAGAUCUAAUCUAAUAGCCCAUAUAAGGAUCCAUACGGGGGAACGACCAUAUGUUUGUUGUGUAUGUCAAAAAUCGUUCUGUCAAUCUAACGAACUCACCAAACACAUGAGGACUCAUACGGGAGAAAAAUCGCAUAUAUGUGAUAUUUGUAAUAAGGGUUUCAAUGGUUCAAGUACGUUGAUAGUUCACAGACGAUCUCACACAGGAGAACGACCCUACGUCUGUUUGGUCUGCAACAAAGCAUUUACCCAAAACAGCUGCUUAGUUACCCAUAUGAAACGCCACAAUCUCAAUUCGCAAUGCGACAACAAUUUCAAUACGAAACAAAUAGAAGAAAAAGAAACUAGUAAUACCAUUGAAGAAAAAAUCAAUUGUAGUUUUUGUACGAGUAAUUUUAAUACAUCCAAUGAAUUCAACGAGCACCUAAAGACCCACCAUACUUCGACAACUGAUGGUAGUUAGCAAAUAAUAAUAUUAACCGAAAAUGAAACUAAUCAUUUUAAUUUAUUUGUAAAUAGUUGAUUUUAAUGUUUCUCUGAUAAUACAGAAAAUUGAUUGGUCGAUGAA